CCCAGCACAGGGCGGUGUGACAUUCCCCAUGCAGCAGCGAACUGGUUAACGCUAUAUACACAGCACAUGUGCAGCACCUGGGUGGGGGGGAGGUGCCAGCGACUGACACAUUCACUCUGCACGUCACCUUUGUAGGAGCACCCAAUGGCCCUCAGCAUCUCCCUGCACUGACCAGCACUGCUCUACCCAUCAGGACAGACGCCAUGGAGCACAUCAGAUUGCCAAAGGUUGAAAACGUCCGUUUACUUGACCGGAUAUCCUCCAGGAGAGCAGCCUUGGGAACAUUGUAUUUGACAGCAACCCAUGUCAUCCUUGUAGAAAACCUAUCAGAAACACGUAAAGAGACCUGGAUCCUUCACAGUCAAAUCACAAGCAUUGAAAAGCAAGCAACAAUAGCUACUGGGUGUCCACUUCUCAUCCGCUGUAAGAACUUCCAAGUCAUCCAGCUGCUGAUUCCGCAGGAGAGAGACUGCCAUGACAUUUACGCAUCGUUGGUCCGACUCUCACGGCCAGUAAAAUAUGAAGAGCUAUACUGCUUUUCAUUCAACCCAAAGCUGGAUAAAGAAGAACGAGAGGAAGGCUGGAAGCUGAUUGACUUGAACGAAGAGCAUAAUCGAAUGGGUCUUCCAAAAAGUCUAUGGCAGCUCAGUGAUGUCAACCGUGACUAUCGAGUAUGUGACUCGUAUCCUACAGAGCUAUAUGUACCAAAAUCUGCCACGGUGCCAAUAAUCGUAGGCAGCUCCAAAUUCCGCAGUCGUGGGCGUUUCCCUACUCUGUCGUACUACUGCCAAGAUAAUAACGCCUCUAUCUGUCGGAGUAGUCAGCCCUUGUCAGGUUUCAGUGCUCGCUGUCUUGAAGAUGAACAGAUGCUGCAGGCCAUAAGAAAAGCAAACCCAGGAAGUGAAUUUCUUUAUGUAGUGGAUACUCGGCCAAAACUCAAUGCAAUGGCAAAUCGAGCAGCUGGGAAAGGUUAUGAAAAUGAGGAUAACUACUCUGACAUCAAAUUCCAGUUUAUUGGCAUAGAAAACAUCCACGUGAUGAGGAACAGCCUGCAGAAGAUGCUGGAAGUUUGUGAACUUCGAUCCCCUUCCAUGGGAGACUUUCUCUGGGGUUUAGAGUCUUCUGGAUGGUUAAAGCAUAUCAAAUGUAUACUGGAUGCUGGGAUCUUCAUUGCUAAGGCUGUUUCAGAGGAAGGUGCCAGUGUUCUGGUUCACUGUUCAGAUGGAUGGGACCGAACAUCCCAGGUCUGCUCAUUAGCAAGUCUUCUUCUUGAUCCUUAUUACAGAACUAUAAAGGGAUUCAUGGUUUUAAUUGAAAAAGACUGGAUUUCAUUUGGUCACAAAUUUAAUCACAGGUAUGGCCAUUUGGAUGGGGACUCGAAGGAAGUAUCUCCAGUAAUCGACCAGUUUAUUGAGUGCGUCUGGCAGCUUAUGGAACAGUUCCCAUGUGCUUUUGAGUUUAACGAAAGGUUCCUGGUUCACAUUCACCAUCAUGUUUACUCCUGCCAGUACGGUAACUUCCUAUGCAACUGCCAGAAAGAGAGGAGGGAAAUUAGAAUUCGAGAGAGAACGUACUCGCUUUGGUCUUAUUUGUGGAAGCAGCGUUCUGACUAUAUGAAUCCACUGUACAGACAGGAUCACAGCCAGACGCAAGGAGUGCUAAGACCUGACACAUCGCCGUGUAAUUUCAAAUUUUGGAAGGGUCUGUUUAAUCGCUUUGAGAAAGGCAUGCACCCUCGUCAGUCUGUGACCGAUUUCCUUCUAGCAGUGAAAGAAGAGACGCAGCAGCUAGAUGAAGAACUGGAAACAAUGGAAAAGAGACUACUGAAAUUAGAAAGCCAACAGAUAAUUGACACUGACAGAAAAUAUGAUCAACAUAAAAAUGGACAUUUCUUGACCAUCAUCACCAAACAUCCAUCUGCCAACACCACCCAGGAAUACAGCAACAACCUGAAGUCUUUCCCAUCGCGCAGUCCUUCCCAGGGUGAAGAGGAUUCUGCUCUUAUCCUGACUCAGGAUCAUUUGAAGAGCUCUGACCCAGACCUAUCCACAAACAGUGACCAAGAGUCGGGGGUGGAGGACUUGAGCUGCAGAUCUCCGAGUGGUGGUGAAUCCUUACCAAGUGAAGACAGUGGCAAGGACCCCGAUUCUGAUGAAGCAGUGUACCUGAAUGUUUAAGUGAUGUUUUAGUGACCCCACGCUAUUUAUUUUUUAUAUAUAGGGAGAAGUGCAAUGUUACCCUAGAACAAUGUGUAAAAAGAAAGGAAAAAAAAAUCCAUCGGUGGCUAUACAUUAGAAUUGUUGUACAGUAGACACGAGAUACUAUGUCUCUAAAUGAAUUGUUUAAUAUUUAUGGAGCAGGUCUUGAGGGAACACUCCAAGCACCAUAACUACUAUGGCUCACUGUAGUGGGUAUGGUGCCAGGAGUACCCUAGCAUCCCGAUAAGUAGUCAAAUUGUCUGGUACUAGUUUGAUUUUUCAACAAACUACUUGUGCAAUUUAGGGCACCUGUUCUAAAGAAGGAUAUUAGAGACAGGCUACAAAAUUAAUAAAAGGAACAUUUCAGUUAUGAAGAAAGGUUAACAAAUUUAAACCUAUUUAGUUUACAAAAAUGGUGCCUCAGAGGGGAUGUGAUAGCAUUAUACAAAUAUAUUUUGGGCCAAUACAAACCAUUGUCUGGAAAUUUAUUCAUAAACAGGACUAUACAUAGGACACAAGGUCAUGCGUUUAGACUGGAAGAAAGGAGAUUUUGGUCUAAGGCAAAGGAAAGGGUUUUUAUUACAGUAAGAACAAUAAGGAUGUGAAAUUUGUGCCUGAAGAAGUGGUUUCAUCAGAAUCUGUACAGAUGUUUGAAAAGCAACUAGAUGAAUACAUGAAACAAACAUAAUAU